GCAUUUUGUAGUGCCGAAACUGUGCCGAAUGACACACAUCCAUGGACCAUGGACAAGAGAAGUGGUACGAAGAGGCCCAGUCCAGGGAUCAUUUUGAUUCUAACGUUCAGAAAACCACUUUCAAUAAGCUAAAGAUCAAGGGAAUGGCCAAGGAGAAAACGAUAAUGAAGAUGACAAGUCGAGGGAACCAAGUUCGUAUACCGUAUCUUCUUCUGUUAUGGGCAGCAUGUUGGGUAUCUUGGGUUUCUGGAGCCCAUCAUCAUCGGGCCAUCAGGGGGGAACAAUUGCGAGGACGUCCAGCAAUGAAGAUUAGAGCAAGCACAGUCAUUGAAUGGGAUCAAUCCGAUGACAGCAAGAGUGCUACAGACAAACAAACUCCAAAGAAACAUCGACAAUUGUACACAGAUCAUUCGCGAAUAGGUGCUAUUGGAACCGACGCCGAAGAUCCCUUUUUUGAAUCGGACGCAGCCGACAAUAACGAUUUGCAUCAUCACCGUCUUGCGUCUCCGAAUGCACCUUCCACACCGGUCGGAAAUAUGAAUGGCAGCAGCAGCUAUGUUUGGAACGGCACUGCUAUGGUGGAUCGUUCCAUGAACUGGACCAUUGGCGGUGUCAUUGCCAUGGGUGAAGUUGAUCUGGAGAGUACAAAAUCCCUCACAGAAACUGGACCUAAUCCUCCAUCGAUCGCUCCUUUGAUUGGCCCUGAUGACGGUACUGUGGUCUUGUCAGCCGCCGAAGAGGCACAAUUGGCCGGAACGACCAUUAUCUCGAGUGCCCAGGAAAGCUUGGCGGCUGGCCGGAAAGGGAAAAUGAGCGGAAAGAAUAGCGCCAAAGCAACCGCUGGAGGGAAGUCCAGGACAGGUGGCAGUGUCAAAGGAGCAAAAGGAGCAAAAGGGAGCUCUUCCUUAUCGGCCACUGCCUUCAGCGGCGACUCCAAAAGUGCCAAAGUAAAGGGAUCCGCCAAAAAGUCAUCAUUGCAGGCUACUGCUUUCUCUUCGGCGAGUCAAAAGUCCAAAAUGAAAUCUACAGCUGGCGCCCAAUCCAUGUCGGCAUUCGGGGUAUUCGGUGCAAGUGGAGGAAAAGGUGGCAAGGGAGGAGGCAUGAUGAGUUUCUCCAACAGCGCUACAACUCUUGUGUCGGCUAGUUCACUCAAUCCCGAAGAAGAGAACGUCACAACUCCACCAGUGCCCGCCCCUACCAGCACUACUGUCGUUUCGAGCUCAUUCGAGGCAGCACCCACUCCCGUCAUUGCGGCAGCGACUGGUAGUGACAGUGACUACCCUCCAACCCGAGGCGGUGCCUUGGAAGCAGACUGCAAUGCCAUCCGGCAAGGAAAAGCCGACAAGAAUACACCCGGCAUGGAAGCGUUUACCAUCCAAGCCGACUGGAUACUGGCCGAGGGAGCCGACUUUGAGACUGUGGCGGCAGAUGUGAAACAGUACCUGCAAACCAAGGUGGCUCCUCCCAUUGCAGGUUGUGACGAGCGCCGUAGACGUCGAGGAAGAAGGCGCCAAUUGACCCGACGAAGUCUUCAGUUCAUCAGUACCCAAUCCAUAGUCUCCAAUGUGUUGUUUGAAAGUCCCAGUCGUGAUGGAGAAGGCUUGUGUUCCACCAGCUCGCCCAACAGUUGCCAUGCGACCCAAACAGUGGCCGAAAUCUACUACCAUGGAGUCGAUUCAGGGAUCGGCAUGCGCCUCUUGGCAUUCCUUCAGGCUGCAGGGAAUUUCGAUGUGAACGACCUUCUCGCAGUCAAGAAUCUCGUGGUGUUGGACAGCGACAGCAAUCCAGUAGGAGGCUCCAAUCUGCCGACUGGGGCUGGCAAUUCGGGUGGUAGCGGCGGCAGUGGUUCCAAUGCAGGCACAACGUUUGAAAGCAACGCCGCCGCCGUCGCAGCAGAGCAGCCGGAGGUGGAGGAAGGUGUCACCCCGUGGACCAAAACUAUUCUGGUAGUUGGUGUGUCUGCAGCCAGUGCUUUUUUCGGCACAAUUCUCUUCUACAUUGUCUGCCGACGCUGCCGAGAAAGACGAGACUUCCAAUCAAUGCCACGACCGGACGAGGGAGAGCAAAUGCCCGACAAAAUUGGUUCCAAGACCUGGCUAAACGACGACGAUGCUGAAAGUACCGAUGAUGAGGGUUUCUCGAACAUGGCUCUGAAAGGAAGCAUCGCUACAGCGGCGAAGACGGCAAAGGAAAAAGAAGCAGAAGUACAUAUGAAUUGUCACGGAGACACCCACAUCUGUGCUUCCUCGUAUUGCGAAGUUUGCAGUUUGUCUGGCCCGCCACAGAUUCAAUUUGUCUCUUCGGCGGCGACUGACCCAUACAACGAGCUCCCCGAGGACGCAACACGUACCUACUAUGCCGAAGAUACCGUGAGACUGUGAUCGACUCGACUCCACCUAGGAAGUAUGUAACGGUAGACUUGCCUCGAUACGGAGCAACGAGGCAGUGGACACACGGGAAAUGGGCUGGCCACCGAUUGCCCAACAAGCUCCGAAUCGAAUCAUGGUCACGGCUGACCUGAUAGGACACCGCAAAUUCAAUCUUUCUUGCAUGAGAAACUUUUUAAAACUAGUAGCUGGAAUUGGGAAUGCACGACGCUGUGGCUGUUUCCGUCCUCUUGGCAGGACCA